AUGCCUUUUGAACAGUUCAGGCGCAACCGCGACACAGCGAACAUCUGCAUGGAACGGAUGAUGAAUGAUGCCUCCAACCAUGAAAUUUUGACUGAAGUCUUAAGUGAGGGACGUGAGAGAUUUUCGGACCAUGUCUAUGAAUUGCCCAAGGAUCAGAUGACCAAAUUAAGCCUUCCCGAUGUCGCCAAAUACAAAUUUCAACUCCAUGCAUCCUUCGACAAGCCAGACCAAAAUGCCCACUAUUCGGAUCAUUCCAAUGUCAUUCUUGUUCGGAAGACCGAACAAAUGGGCACGUGGCUUGAGCCGGACACCAAACCCCUGCCACUGUUGGCAGAGGCGGACGGGGCUCAGGGAUUGUCGAUAGUACUUCGAGACGAUUCCAGCUUGGAUUGGAAAAAACCACCAGAGCCUAUAGUUGACCCUUUCGUUACUUACCAUAUCGGGUUCACGAAUUACCAGGAACAACAGAUCUCUCUUCUAGCCAAAUGGGUGGUCAAACAGUUGGAUCACCAUGAGCUCUCUACGGCGGCUGAUGAGCAGUUUGUCUUUGGGCUUGCAUUCGUAUUCUUCGUGGUCCCAACAACACCACAGAUCUUAUCCGAGAUUUUAUAA